AUGACCGAGGAUGCUGUGGUCGCUGCGCCGAGCGCAGAGGAGCCGGUUGAAGGAAAGCCUUCUGUGGUAAAGGAGACUGCAGAUGGUGGGAAUCAGGCAGAUGUUGCAGCGGAGGGAGGGAGCCCUGCUGAGCAGCAGGUGGACAAGGACAGUGCUGACGCAGAACCGCACUCAUCUGGUGCCAAUGGCGGUCAGGAAAACAAGGCUGCCGAGAACGGAGGGUCAGCUGGAAUUGUGAAGGAGCCUCACCAGGGAGGCAACGACAGCCAGCACGAGAAGAAGGAGAGGUCUGCUGCCAAGGUCGAGGAGAAGGACAGCAGCAAGCAUGAGAGGGAAAGAAAGGAUCGAGAGAAGGACAGGAGCAGAGAAAAGGAGAGACACAGGGAUCGGGAAAAGAACAGGAAGGAUAGGCACAGAGACAGUGACAGAAAAGACUCCAAACGUGAGAAGGAGGACAAGAAGGAGCGGAGACGUUCGGUGGAAAGAGACAGGGACUCCAGCAGGAAGCGGCGUGAGACACCACCAGCAAGGGAGAAGGACAGGGAAAUGUCCAAGCGGAGCCACAGUGACAGGAAGGACAAGAGGUCUCGUCACAGAUCCAGGUCGCGAGACAGGCACAGGAGGAGCCGCAGGCGUGACAGCUCCAGCUCCGAGGACGACGAUUAUGGAUAUGUACCUCGCAAGCGCCAGGAAGCUCCCCAGCAAGCUGGCUACAGCACCAGCUAUGUCGAUCCCUACGCUUCCCUGCGCAGCAGCACCAUCACCUCUUCCGAUCCACAAGAGAUUGCCAGGCAGAUGCAGGAGCAGCAGCUGAAGGCGCGUCAGCUGGUUCUCCAGCAGCAGGCAGCAUCUGCGGUGGCCGCUGCCAGCAAGACACAGCGCGAGGUGUAUGUGGGAAAUCUGGUGGCGGGUCUGGUAACAGAAGAUGCGCUGCGGCAGCUGUUCAACAGCACGAUGGCGGCCGCGUUUCCCAACUUGCUGGCACAGGGGCUGGAGGCGGUUGUGAGCGUUUCAAUGCACAGCGAGGGGCGCUACGCGUUUGUGGAGCUGCGGACGCCUGAGAUGGCCAGCGCGGCGCUGCAGCUCAGCAACCAGGUGCAGCUGCUGGGCCAGUCGAUCUCUGUGGGGCGCCCAUCCGGAUAUGUGGACCCCUCCCGCGCGCAGCUGGCAGCCUCCGCAGCUGCUGCAGCUCUGUCCGCCUUCCAGGCGGGGGACAUGCAAGCGAUGGAGUACCAGCUGCAGCAGGCGAAUCUGUCCGUGCCGGGCCUGAACGCACCGUCGAUGCCCAGCCCGGCGACGGCCGCCGCGGCCGCCAGCCCCGGUUCACUCCCGCUGCCUCCGCCCCCGGCACUGCCACAGGCAUCUGCGCCACCAUUCUCUGCAAAGGCGCCGGUGAACAUGGCAGCGUCUGUGGAGCCGGGCGCUCCAACGCAGUACCUGCAGGUGACCGGGAUGGUCACACCGGAUGUCCUCGUGGACGACGAAGAAUACAGCGAGGUAAUCCAGGACUUGCAGGAGGAGUGCAGCAAGUAUGGGCAGGUUUUGCGUGUGCUGGUGCCCAGGCCGCCCAACCCAGCCGCCUCCAACGAGCUCUUCGGCUCCAACAACUAUGGCAAGGCAUUUGCCGAGUUUGCUGAUGUGAGCGGCUGCUCUGCCGCCAAGGCAGCAAUCCAUGGGCGGCUCUUUGCUGGCGAGACAGUGCAGGCCACUUAUGUGACUGCCGAAUACUUUGCACAGCUCCGUUGA